UCCCGGUCCAGGACCACCAGCCCGGUCCAGAUCUCCUCGGCCACUUCGCAUUCAGCCCGCGGUGCCGCUCCCCUCCGUCCGGGGGUCUGGCUCGCGACCCGCGUGUCCCCUUCGCCAGCCCCUCGGCCAGGCAGCCCGGGUCGCCUCACCGCCCCCUUCUUCUCAGGCUGGCCGCCGCCGCCGCAGCGCAUCCUCCAGCCCCGUCUUCUCCUGAGCCGGGUCUCCCCUCCCCUCCCUUCGCCCUCAGCCAAUCCCCCGCCCGGCCCCGCGCGCCUGCCGCUCGCUCACCCGCGGACUCCCCGGUGUUGAUCCAGUCCGGGUUGGCGAUGCUGGCGAUGGCGAAGAUAUCGGCGGCCAGAAAGAGACAUCCUGAGAUGAUGAUAGUUCCCCAUGCAGUGGACAAGAAAUGAGAUGCUCAUUUUCUCCAUAAAGGCCACCUAGGUCAUCUCUAGAAAGAACUAGAAGAGUGAUAUCUGUCUCUAUUUUUGGAAUGCCUACAUGUCCACAGAACUCAGCAGGUUUCAAAUUCCACCAGUCCAACAGCCUUGCAGAAAUGCACAGAGUUAUCAGUAUCACCACUUAGAUUGGGGUCUGCUGAAGCAUUGUGGUGACCGCACUGCCGCGCAACGUCUGGGAGGCGGCGUCGCAGCGCCCCCUGGGGGCCAGCUCGAGAUCUCGCCACCGGCUAUCGAUCCGCAGUGCGCCGGCUCCUGGUUCGAAACAGUUGGGAGAUGGACUGACUCCAGCUUCCGCUCAGGGAGGCCCUCCUGAGCGGCCUGGCCUCCCAGGGCCAUGAAGAAGUCCGUCCCGAAAAAAGUUAAAGGAAAACAAGUCAACCUCAAGGUCAAGCCAUCUGUACACGACUUGAGCAAAACUCUUCAGACCAAACUCACUGUGGGUAGUCUGGGAUUAGGCCUGAUCAUCAUCCAGCAUGGGCCCUACCUUCAGAUCACCCACCUCAUUACAAAGGGAGCUGCAGCCAGGGAUGGAACACUCCAGCCAGGUGAUGUUUUGAUUAGUGUUGGCUAUGCAAAUGUGUUAGGUUAUACUCUUCGAGAAUUUUUAAAGCUUCUGCAACAUACCACCAUAGGAACAAUACUACAAAUAAAAGUUUACCGAGAUUUUAUAGACAUACCCCAAGAAUGGCAAGAAAUAUAUGAUUUAAUCCCUGAGACCAAAUUCCCGAUCACACGCACAACAAAGAAAACUGAGGAGGCAAAAGAUGGAUCUGUCACAAGCACUGAUGAUGAUGAAGCUUUUGAUACAAGACUUAAGUACUAUAAAUAUCCACGGUCCACUGGACAUUACCCUGUAAGGCGACCAAUGUCUAUCUCCAGAGAAUGGCAUGGAUAUAAAAAGAAGAACCAUGUAAUGCGUGUAGGAAAAGACAUUAACUGUGAUGUGAUGAUUCACAGAGAUCAGAAGAAAGAAGUCAGGGCCCCUUCUCCCUACUGGACCAUGGUGAAGCAAGACAAUGAAAUCUCCUCCUCCUCAUCAGCUUCCUCCACCUCAGAUGCAUUUUGGCUGGAAGACUGUAUCCCUGUUGAAAAGGGCAGUGGUGAACCAGUAUCACGAGUUGGUUAGGCAGCAGUUUUCAAAUCUGUGACCACAGAAGCAUUUAUCUUGAAAACACCCAUUUUUUUGGUGCACUUUUGAGUGUUAGGUUGAUAAAUACUUGAAAGAGACAGACUAGAAACAGAAGAG